AUGGCCGCAAUCAAAGACAGCUACGAUAUCUCCGACAUUCUGCGCAAUGUGGGCAAUCCGAAUGUGGAUCACAGCAACGUACAAUCCUCGAUAGUUGCCUACAACGUUGCCGCUAUUGCCAUUGCAAGCAUUACUGUCCUUGUCCGAACUAGCGUCAGAGCUUUCAUAGUCAGGCAUGUCGCUCUGGAAGACUGGCUUAUGGUGGCCGCAGGGUUGACCGCUGUUGCUCUUUCGGCAACGGUCAUUGUCGGCGUCAACUAUGGAUUCGGCCGAAAUAUCUGGGAUCUGAAUCUACUUACCAUCAUUGACAAUGUCACACUCAGCAUCAAAAUCCUGUUUGUCUGCCAAUUACUCCACGGCAUUGCGCUCAGUCUCGUCAAACUGUCAAUUAUAUCGACCUACUGGCGACUAUUCCCGACCAGGAACCUGCGUCGGACGCUGUUUGUCCUCGCCUUCCUCAUCACAGCCGUUGCCUUUACGACCCUGUUUGGCACGCUGUUCCAAUGUCGCCCCGUAGCUGCGGUUUGGGACUUCUCGCUGGAGAACGGCACAUGUGGCCCCAUCCUUCCCCUCCUCUACUUUUCCACGUCCUUCAGUAUCUUCACCGAUAUAUUUCUUUGCAUCUUACCACUACCAUUUUUCUGGAAGCUACGGAUCUCCCACCACGAGAAGAUCAUUGUCAGCUGCCUUUUCGGUCUCGGACUUUUCGCUGCCGCCGCCUCUGUCCUGCGGCUCACGACACUAGACCAGCUACAAAACGUCAACGUUACCAUGCGAACAACUCUCCCCCUCUUCUACUCUGUAGCCGAAGUCAGUGUCGGCAUCGUCUGCGCCUGUGUUCCGUGUCUCAAACCUUUGUUCAACCGGAUAUUCCCAGGGCGCUUCUUUACAUAUCUCCGCUCAGCCUCAUCCAGAAUUGGCCACGCCAAAAACAAGUCGUCAUCGGCGGCGGCAACGAUAACGACAACGGACGCAACGAUUUCUGAGUCGACAGAGAAGUCACAGAUGCGAAACUCCGAAGUCUAUAUCAUACAGGGUCCCGGCUUGUGCCGACAACCAAGCCAGAAGUUGGCGCACCUCAGCACGAGCGGCAGUGGGGUCUGGCGCGGGAGAGGGGUGAGCUGGUACGAUCGUCCGAUACUGCGCACGGUGGGGAGCUGGCGGGACGGACAGGUCUCGGAUGUAAUCGUUGAAGAGGGCGCUGAAAAAGCGGUGGUAACAACAGCAAAAGACUUAGCAUGA